AUCCUUUCAAUGAAUAAAAGUGCAAUCUGAUUACAACAUCCUUGCGAACAUGUACUGCUGUUGGCACACUCUGGCGUGCACCGGAUAUCCGGGAGUUUGCGUUUCUCUGUACGUCGUGCUGUGAUGGUUCGAAUAACAGAAGAUCUAAUUAGAAAGCGAGCUGAGCACAACAACCGUGAAAUAGCGACAUUGGAAGAAUUGUCUCUUCAUCAGUCGGACAUUGAACGAAUUGAACAUCUUGACAAGUGGUGUCGGGAUCUGCGAAUACUUUAUCUACAAAGCAAUCUUAUUCAACGAAUAGAAAACGUCGGGCGACUGAAGAAAUUAGAAUAUCUCAACUUGGCGCUGAACAAUAUUGAAAGAAUUGAGAACCUUGAAGGAUGUGAGUCAUUGCAAAAGCUCGACUUGACUGUGAAUUUUGUUGGUGAACUGACAAGUGUUGACUCCUUGAAUAGCAAUGAGCAUCUAAGAGAAAUAUAUCUGACUGGCAAUCCAUGUUCUGAUUUUGAUGGUUACAGGCAGUAUGUUGUGGCAACACUGCCUCAUUUGAAAUGGUUAGAUGGCAAGGAGAUUGAGAAGUCGGAAAGAAUACUAGCAAUGCAAGAGUAUGACUCAGUUAGAGAGUCAAUUCUUAGACAACAGAGGAAAUACUUGAAAAAGAGGGAAGCAGAAAAGGAAGAAUUCAAAAAAGUGGCAGAAAGCGAAUGUGACAUUGAUGACAGUGACAACAAGGAAGAUGUAGAAAGAGGUAGUACAACUCAACAAGGCAAUAUUGCUGAUGAGACAGAAGAUGACAGGUUUUGGCAAGAAAAAACUGCAUACACUCCUGAGUCACGCUUAGAAACACACCAGCAAUUGAGUCAUAAACGGAAGGAAGCAGAAGCUCCUAAACAGAGUCUCUGGCAAAUACCCAAACGAGAGAUAAGACUGAUGUCUGAGGAUGGUCGUGUCUUGAAUAUCAAUCAAGGAAAAUGGGAUUUUAUAUUGAAUGAGGAUGACUCAGGGCAGAACAUUGUGCUGGACGUGUCUAUUCAAAGGUAUCUAGAUACCUCUCUGGUAGACUGUGAUGUUCAACCAGGGUAUAUCAAGUGCAUAAUAAAAGGAAAAGUACUGCAGAUUGUACUUCCUGAUGCAGUGAAUCCUGAUCAGAGUACAGCGAAGAGAUCACAGACCACUGGACACUUGGUCAUAACAAUGCCUAAGGCUAAACAGGUGGUUCAACCUCAAAAGAAGGAACAGGUUCAGAAGCCUAGACCUGUAAUGCGAAAUCAAAAGAGUUUGUUAUCUGAUAAUCAACAGAUUGGGCAUGAGAAUCUAGAAGUAGAUCCAUCUGUUGCUAGUCGUGUGGACUUGCACAGCAUUGUUAAUGACACUUUGUUAUCACACUGUGUGAAACAACAAGAAUCUACAAAGACAGAACAAGAAAAAAUUGCAGCUAAGAAUCAAGUAAAACAGAGUGAAGCAUUUGUAGAUGAUCCUGAUGUACCUCCUCUCAUAUGACAUAAGACAACACAACACAUUGUAGUGUACUGAAGUAAAAUUGUGCCUCGUAUUAUUAUUGUAUAUCAUUUCUUGGUAUAGCACUGUCUACAAUAUUGCAUAUUUGUCUACUUGA